CACCAGGUUGUCUGCCUAUUCCACCCUUUCUCCUGCCCGUCAUCACUUCACAAUCAUGGCGACGGGUCUGUUCGCCUCGUUACCAAAGCCGAAAUAUACGGGCGAGCACGAAGAGGUGCCGCUCCACGCUCAACCGAGAGGCCCUCGCAUCGUGGGACCCGGCGUGAUCGAUGAGUCCCAGAUUGUUUUAAAGCGCUCCGGACCACCCCCCUACGGUCAACGAUCAGGAUGGCGACCCCGCUCUGCAGAGGACUUUGGCGAUGGUGGUGCAUUUCCCGAGAUCCCCGUGGCGCAAUAUCCGCUUGAUAUGGGACGAAAGGGGACAGCGUCGACCUCGAAUGCGCUUGCCAUCCAAGUCGAUGCCGAGGGAAAAGUGAAAUACGAUGCCAUUGCGAGACAGGGUCACAGCGAGGCCCGGAUUAUACAUUCCAGUUUCAAGGACUUGAUUCCGCUGAGGCAGCGGGCGGACGCGGGCGAUUUGAGCCUCGAGAGACCAACUGCAGAGGAGGCCCAAGCUACGGCCGAGCGGACCAAACUUGCACUGGAGAAAUUGGUGUCCGGCGCGGUGGCGGCACAGAAGCCCAAGAAUGUGAAGGGUGUGAAUCGGGAAGAGCCGACCUACGUCCGUUACACGCCUGCGAAUCAGAUGGGGGACAACUCGAAAAAGAACGACCGAAUAUUCAAAAUUGUCAAGAAGCAGGAGGAUCCCAUGGAACCCCCGAAAUUCAAGCACAAAAAGAUACCCCGAGGACCACCGUCUCCGCCGCCGCCAGUCAUGCACUCACCCCCGCGGAAGUUGACCGCAGAAGACCAGGAGGCGUGGAGGAUCCCCCCGCCGAUCUCGAAUUGGAAGAAUCCAAAGGGUUAUACGGUUCCUCUGGACAAGCGAUUAGCAGCAGAUGGACGGGGGCUACAAGAUGUGACGAUCAACGACAAGUUCGCCCAGUUCGCGGAAGCCCUCUUUACCGCCGACCGGCAUGCAAGAGAAGAAGUCCGGCUCCGAGCCCAGAUGCAGCAGAAAUUGGCGGAGAAGGAGAAGCUCGCGAAGGAAGAGCAUUUGCGAGACAUGGCCAAGAAGGCGAGGGAAGAGAGACAGCGAGCUGCAGAAACACGCACAAGGCGGUCACGGUCGCGCUCCUACUCAGGUUCAUCAUAUGAUUCGCGAAGUGACGGCGAGGACGAGGCAGCUCGCGAACGAGAACGGGCGCGGCGAGAGCGCAGACAGGAGAAUGAACGACAACUCCGUCAGUCAAGAAUGGGCGCCGAGAAGAGAAUCCAGAUGAUGGCGAGAGAACAGAAUCGGGAUAUCUCUGAGAAGGUGGCACUGGGACUGGCGAAACCGACACAGAAUCAAGAGACCAUGUAUGACUCACGGUUAUUCAACCAGACCUCGGGGUUUGACUCGGGAUUCAACGAAGACCAGCAUUACGACAAGCCCCUCUUCGCGGCGCAUGAUGCGAUCAAUAGCAUUUAUCGGCCUUCAGCGGGCAAUCAGGACGACGAAGAGUAUGGGGAGGAAGCGGCGGAGAAUGCAAUGGGCAAAAUCCAAAAGUCCAACAGGUUCGAGGUCUUGGGCAGGGCCAAGGAAGGGUUUAAGGGUGCUGAUGUUGCCGAGCGAGAGGCUGGACCUGUCCAGUUCGAGAAAGACAAGGACGACCCUUUUGGGAUUGACAGUCUGAUUGGAGAGGCGUCAGCGAGGGCGGGUGGAGAAGGGAAGAAGAGAUAUGGGCUCGAGCAGGCCGAAGAUAGGGACCGGGAGGAGAGAGACAGGCAACGGAAGCGGGCGAGAGUUGACGAUGACUAGACAUGGAUGCUGCAGGCUGGCGUUUGCUCGCGCUUUCAGGUAAAGCAGUAUCAGGACGGUCUCUCAGCAGGAAAGUUCUGCUAUCCAAAGGAGAAUUAAUUUUAUAUUCCCAC